UCCACCUCCGCAACAUGCAGACUCCGCCUCCGCAACAUGCAGACUCCGCCUCCGCAACAUGCAGACUCCGCCUCCGCAACAUGCAGACUCCGCCUCCGCAACAUGCAGACUCCGCCUCCGCAACAUGCAGACUCCGCCUCCGCAACAUGCAGACCCCCUCCGCAACAUGCAGACUCCGCCUCCGCAACUCCCUCAUCAUAUCACGACUCGACUACUGCAACUCCCUCCUCACUGGCCCGCCUCGCCGCUGGCUAUCCCCGCUUCAGUCCAUCCUGAAUACGGCUGCCAGACUCAUUCACCUUUCCAACCGCUCCAUCUCCGCCACCCCCCCUCUGCCAAUCCCUCCACUGGCCUCCACUCAGUGUCCUCCACCCCCCUCUGGCAAUCCCUCCACUGGCCUCCACUCAGUGUCCUCCACCCCCUCUCUGCCAAUCCCUCCACUGACCUCCACUCAGUGUCCUCCACCCCCUCUGCCAAUCCCU